AUGACUGUCACAGGAGGAUGUGCCUGUAAUGCUGUUAGGUACACGGCAGAAAUCGAUUCUGGAGUUAGGGCUAUCUGCCACUGCCUGAACUGUCAGAAACGCACCGCUAGUGCCUUCAGUGUCAAUAUCAUUAUCGCUUGUAAAGAUUUCAAGAUCAUUCAGGGGGCCACCAAGUACCACACUUAUAUUGCAGAUUCGAAAAUGCCAUACCAUACCCACUUCUGCGGUGACUGCGGCUCGGCGCUCUAUGGCCAGCCCGAGGCCUUUCCUGACACAGUUUCCAUCAAGGCUGGGAGUCUUGAUGAGCCUUUCACUGAUCUGGGCCUGAUUGAUGUCGAGGCUUUUACUGUGAGGCGCAGGGACUACCUGAAUCCUUUGGAAGGAGUUAAGCAGUCGGAAGGGAUGAUUUCGCCUUGA